ACAAAUUGACAGUAAUUUGUUUCUCUCUUCUUUAUUUGACGUUGAUAACGAGAACCACCAUCUGAUGGCAAAGGUAGCGCUGCAAUUUUUACAUGAUUUAGAGUCGUUGUUGAAGCAAAGUACCGGGAGAGCAGUAAUGCGCUAUGUAUCGUUGAAGCUGCCGAAAAUACGACAGAAGAAGAAGAUGAAGCCGAACGUCAUUCAGGACUUGUUCCGCCCGAAUAUCAGCAUGCGUGGGAUGUGGUGCAGCAUGUGAAUUUGAAUACAGAAACGUCUUAUUUUACAGCUAUUUAAAUUUACCAUAAUGUUGCUACUUGCCAUGAAGUUUUGUGAGUAAUCAUUUGAAGUCGUGUUAUAAUUUUAAAUUAGUUUCUCUCUGAUAUAUCUACUCAGCUCGCGAUUUUUAGUUUACAACGCCUGCCAAUUCACAGGAGUAUCUCAGGGUUCGCAAUGGGACAUCCUAGUCUGGAUAGGAUCAUUGAACUGCAGAAAAAUCCAGCCAAUAUUAGAAACCUUUGCAUUUUGGCACAUGUUGACCACGGUAAAACUACUCUUGCGGAUUGCUUAGUGGCAAGCAAUGGUAUCAUAUCAAGUCGCCAGGCAGGGAAGCUAAGGUAUCUGGACAGCAGAGAGGAUGAACAGAUCAGAGGAAUUACCAUGAAGUCCAGCGCCAUCUCACUUCAUUACCAAGAGGGUGAUAAAAAUUUCUUACUGAAUUUGAUUGACUCUCCGGGGCACGUCGACUUCUCCUCUGAGGUUUCUACUGCUGUCCGUUUGUGUGAUGGUGCUAUUGUUGUUGUUGAUGCUGUGGAGGGAGUCUGUCCACAGACGCAGGUCGUGCUGCGGCAGGCUUGGUUGGAGAACAUCAGGCCAGUUCUGGUUAUUAAUAAAAUAGACAGACUUAUCAUGGAGCUGAAGUUUACCCCUCAGGAGGCUUAUGCCCACUUGCAAAACAUCAUGGAACAGGUGAAUGCGGUCACAGGAACUUUGUUCACAUCCAGCGUGAUGGAGGAGCAAGCAGAAAAAAUAAAAGGGGACCAAGGGAGUGAGACACAGCAUGGAGAGCAAGUGUAUGAUUGGAGUGCAGGCCUCGAGGAGGUUGAUGACUCUCAUCUCUACUUCUCUCCUGACCAAGGAAAUGUGGUCUUUGCCAGUGCCCUUGACGGAUGGGGCUUCAGCAUCCAACAUUUUGCCCUCAUGUACAGUGAGAGGAUGGGCAUUAAUCCAGAGGUGCUUCUCAAAACCCUUUGGGGGGAUUUCUACCUUAAUGCGAAAGCUAAGAAGAUCAUGAAGGGAGCUCAGGUUAAAGGCAAGAAGCCACUCUUUGUGCAACUUGUCCUGGAUAACAUUUGGAGUUUAUAUGAUGCUGUUGUUACUCGCAGAGACAAAGAGAAGGUUGAGAAGGUGCUGGCAUCUCUUGACGUCAAGGUGAUGGCCAGGGAUUCUCGUCACUCUGACCCUAAAGUCCUCCUCUCUGCUAUAUGCAGCCAGUGGUUACCAGUGUCUCAGGCUGUCCUAUCAAUGGUCUGUAAUAAGCUUCCGAGUCCAUUACACAUAGCAGCAGAGAGGGUGGAGAAGUUGAUGAGUGUUGGUGUGCGUCGAUUUGACACCUUGCCUGAGAGGACGCAGGAACUGAAAAAUGCAUUUCUCCAGUGCUCAAGCAAUGAAAAUGCUCCGGUUAUAGUUUUUGUAUCCAAGAUGUUUGCUGUGGACACACAAGCCUUGCCUGAGAACAAACAAAGACCCUUGACUCAGGAAGAGAUUGCCCAGCGCAGGGAACUCGCGAGGCAAAGACAUGCGGAAAGGAUGGCAGCUGAACAGAUUGCGACUGUUGGACAGCAAAACCACUCAGUGAAUAAUCCUGUGGAUAUUCAGGCAAGAGGACAAUACAAAGACGAGAUGGAACCUCAGGUCCUGAAAGAAUCCAAGUCAGAGGAGCAAAUAGAGACCUUCAUAGCAUUUGCCAGGGUAUACAGCGGGGUCGUGAAGAAAGGACAAAGAAUAUUUAUCCUCGGCCCAAAGUAUGAUCCUGCCCAGGGCCUGAGCAUGCUGCCUGAGCAAUGCAGUCCUUCUGACAGUUUACCUGAGGUGCCUCAUCUGUCCUGUUGUUUCAUUGAAAACAUUUACCUGCUCAUGGGCAGAGAACUGGAAGAGCUAGAAGAGGUGCCCUCUGGCAAUGUGCUAGGUAUUAAAGGUCUAGAAGACGUUGUUUUGAAGUCAGCUACCAUUUCCACGACUCCUGCUUGCCCACCCUUCACCCCACUCAACUUUGAGGCAUCUCCCAUUUUACGAGUCGCCAUAGAACCAAAACACCCAAGUGAGAUGCCAAAACUGGUGCGUGGGAUGCGUCUGUUGAACCAAGCAGACCCCUGUGCUGAAGUGCUAAUCCAGGAGACAGGCGAACAUGUUUUGGUCACUGCUGGAGAGGUUCAUCUCCAACGCUGCCUGGAUGACCUCAAAGACCGGUUUGCUAAAAUUGAGAUCAGCGCAUCUGAGCCCAUCAUUCCUUUCCGAGAGACAGUGGUGCGCCCUCCAAAAGUGGACAUGGUGAAUGAAGAUCUUGGCAAGCAGCAAAAAGUGGCCGUUAUUCACCAGGUAAAAGAGGAAGGUUCUCAUGGUCGUUCUUCGGAGACCCUUGAUGUUGACAGCAGUGGUUUGGUCACACUCACCACUCCAAAUAAACUAGCUACUGUCGGCGUGCGUGCAAUCCCCUUGCCACAAGAGGUGACUUGUCUUCUGGAAAACAGCUCAGCACUCAUUCGAACUCUCGAACAAGUCAAUAUGUCCUUGAGGGAAGGGAGGAAUCUAGACAUUAGUGUUAAGACCUUGGAAGCCAUUGCUGACCUCAAGGCCCAACUGGAAAGCAUGCUCCAGGGAAGGAAGUGGAGGAACGCUGUGGAGCAGAUAUGGGCUUUCGGACCUCGCAGGUGCGGCCCGAACAUUCUGCUGAACAAGCUGGAGGGAUAUCAUCGGCCAUCUCUGUGGCAGUGUCUUUGUCGAGAAGAUACAUCUGGAAAAAAUGGAGCACAGGCGAAAAUGAUACGAGAGUUUGAUAACAGCAUCGUCAGUGGCUUCCAGUUAGCAACCCUGUCAGGGCCGAUGUGUGAAGAGCCGCUCAUGGGGGUCUGCUUCUCCAUUGAAAGAUGGGAUGUACAGUCUUCAAACUCACCACAUCAAAAUACCUUUGAAGAAAGUGGCACAUUUCAAGAGGCCUUGGGAGGUAGUAAAGCCCCCGAAAGCAUUAAUUCAUUGGAAGUGACUUCCAAUGAGCCAAGUCAAACCAAACGCUGUCAAGAGGCCACCCCUGCAGAGUGCUACGGGCCCGUUUCAGGCCAGCUGAUUGCCGCCAUGAAGGAGGCAUGCCGCCACGCUUUCCAGGCUCAGCCCCAGAGACUCAUGGCUGCGAUGUACACCUGUGAAAUCAUGGCUAGCGCAGAGGUUCUGGGCAGAGUAUAUGGUGUUCUUGGAAAGCGUGAAGGCCGCAUUCUCCAUGAAGAAAUGAAGGAAGGAACGGAAAUAUUCAUCGUCAAGGCUGUCCUGCCCGUCGCUGAGAGUUUUGGCUUUGCAGAUGAAAUUCGCAAGAGGACUAGUGGGCUUGCCAGUCCACAAAUGGUCUUCAGUCAUUGGGAGGUCAUCAGCAGCGAUCCAUCCUGGGUUCCGACCACUGAGGAAGAAUAUUUGCACUUUGGAGAAAAGGCCGACUCCACUAACCAGGCACUCAAGUACAUGAAUGCUGUCCGCCGCCGAAAGGGCCUCUAUGUGGAAGAAAAGAUAGUUGAACAUGCAGAAAAACAACGAACCCUAAGUAAAAACAAAUAGACAAACCAAAUGGUCCUUUCUGCUCCACCAUUUCAUUUUUGCAGGAACCAAAACGCUAAAUCUGUCUGAUUUGAGCUCUGAGCCUAUCCAAUCUUUCAUCGGGCAUGACACCACAAAUGUUGGAUCUCACCUGACUGAAGCAAUAUUUUUAUUGAACAACUACUUCCGUUUUUGUCAAAGGCAGAAUUGAAAAUAAAUGAACUAUUUUAAAAUUCAA